AUCAAAGACAAUGGUCAGAAACGCUGCUACACCAGUUGUUGGUAAGAAGGUUAAGGGAGUCAAGAAGACUAGACAAAUUACCUACAAGUUCCACGUUGAUGCUCACAUCCCAGUUCAAGAUGGUAUCCUUGAUUUGGAUCACUUCGAACAAUACAUUAGAGAUAAGUUCAAGGUUGACGGAAAGGCUGGUAACUUGAAGGAUAAGGUCAGAUUCCACAAGAAGUUGAACAGACUCUAUGUUUUCACUGAAGUUAAGACAUCCAAGAGAUAUUUGAAGUAUCUUACCAAGAAGUACCUCAAGAAGCACAGUUUGAGAGAUUGGUUGCACGUUGUCUCCAAGCAAAACCAAAGAGCUUAUGAAUUGAGAUACUACAAUAUUGCCGGUGAUCAAGAAGAAGCUGCUGAACAAGAAGAAGAAGAAACCAAGCAAUAAAUUUAUCAAAAAACCAUUUAAAAUUAUU